GACAUGAUAGGACAGGUUUAAAGGAUUGGCAAUGUUUUUUCCCCGUAUCCCAAGAAUGCGAAUCGGUUUGAUCCAUCCAGAAUUUGCACCUCAGUACCAAACCCUGAAACCCCAAGCCGGACCUUUUCCAUUCAUAUCGCGCCUCACACCGCACUCCCAAGUCCCAACCCGAGAGCCCAACGCCAUCUCUGUUCGCUGCGAACGCAAGCAGGGGCGACGCCGGCCGCGACGGCUCUCCGGCCGACGGCGGUGGCGGCGGGAACCCUGCUUCCGUUCCCUCUACUCCCUCCUCCCCCGGCCUUCGCUCUCUCCCUCGUGCCGCUUCCGUCUGCUUCGUGAGAAUUCCAAGGUUGCUUUUUUAUUUUCUGGCUUGUGAAAAUGGCGGAUGAACUACGUUCUCCAUCUGUGAUCCAGAGGGUUCAUGGACAGUCCGUGCUGUUGAGCAGAAUCUCUUAUUCUGCCAUGAAUAACCCUGUAUUCAACAAUGCACAUUCUUCUUUCAAUGUGCCCCUGAGGUCGUACCAUGGUAUGAACGCCACUGUUGGGCUCUCAUCUGUUAUGGCACCAUCCCCUGUUUUCGCUUCUGCCCCGAAAGAGAAAGGUUUUUCUGGAUUUAUGAUUGACUUUCUGAUGGGUGGAGUUUCUGCUGCUGUCUCCAAGACUGCUGCUGCUCCAAUUGAGCGUGUCAAGCUUUUAAUUCAGAACCAGGAUGAAAUGAUCAAGAGUGGUAGGCUUUCUGAACCCUACAAGGGUAUCGGUGACUGCUUUGCCCGGACGAUGAAAGAUGAGGGUGUCAUCGCACUAUGGAGAGGAAACACAGCUAAUGUCAUCCGCUACUUCCCCACACAGGCAUUGAACUUUGCCUUCAAGGACCACUUCAAGCGCAUGUUCAACUUUAAGAAGGACAAGGAUGGGUACUGGAAGUGGUUUGCUGGCAACCUGGCUUCUGGAGGAGCUGCUGGUGCUUGCUCUCUGUUCUUUGUUUAUUCUCUGGACUACGCCCGUACGCGUUUGGCUAAUGAUGCCAAAGCUGCGAAGAAGGGUGGUGGGAGGCAGUUCAAUGGACUUGUUGAUGUUUACCGCAAGACCCUCGCCAGUGAUGGUAUCCGCGGCCUCUACCGUGGAUUCAAUAUCUCCUGUGUGGGAAUCAUUGUAUACCGAGGUCUUUACUUUGGAAUGUACGACUCCCUCAAGCCAGUGCUUCUUGUUGGUUCCCUGCAGGAUAACUUCCUUGCCAGCUUCAUGCUCGGUUGGGGUAUUACCAUUGGUGCUGGUCUUGCCUCAUACCCAAUUGAUACUGUUCGCCGUCGCAUGAUGAUGACAUCUGGUGAGGCUGUCAAGUACAACAGCUCCUUGGAUGCUUUCAAGCAGAUUGUUGCAAAAGAGGGUACCAAGUCCCUCUUCAAGGGUGCUGGCGCGAACAUCCUCCGUGCUGUUGCUGGUGCUGGUGUCCUUGCUGGAUAUGACAAGCUCCAGGUGAUUGUCUUUGGCAAGAAAUACGGGUCUGGCGGUGGCUAAGAGUAGAUGAUGAUGAAUGAAAGACAUGAUAUUUUAAUUGGUGCCUUUGAAUAGCUUAGAUGGACCGUGUACACCAUUUCUAAAUUUAGCCCUCGCAGAGAUUUGUGACUAGUUUUUUAUGUGAUUUUGAAGCCGUGGCAUGUCUCUUUGUUGGAGAUAUGAAAUAAGCGACUGAGUUAGAAAUUGCAGACCUUAAUGCUUGGAGACAUGCUCUUCUCCAUUGCAAGUGUACCUGUGCUAUAAUUCUUGUAUCGGUCUCAUUUGACUUUUCUUGCGGAAACUGUUGUUUGGCCCUGAGUAAUGUUUUGUUUCCUUGGACGGUACACAAUGUGUAUGUCAUGGAGGAAUUAAAUCGAUAUUUUCUAUUUCAUUUUCUCAUCUGAUU